GGGAGAGGCCAGUACGGGCUUGGUGAAAGCGGCUCAACGCUCUUUUGGCACAUGACGACCAACAAUCCCCUCAUUUACUAACAAUCCUUCUGUAUAAUCACUUGUCCUGCUUUGUUCCAUAAUUUCCUGUUCUUUAAAUCAAUUGUUUUCCCUGUGCCCUCACUCGACGCGCCAUGUUGCGAUCGGGAGCAUCGGCUUUCCGAAGCACAACCACCUCAACUCGAAGGUGGACGCCAACAUGUUCUGAGUGCGCAAGGACAGUGGCGGCAGUAAGGUCACCAUUAAUGCCGCAAUCGAUAGCUGCAUAUCACUCAUCAAGGAGGAGAUCUUCGGCAUGGGCCGCCGCCGUCUCGGUGGCCGGCAAUGUAGUCACCAACGCCAUCAGCAGAGCCACAAAAACAGACCUUGGGAUCGAUCCUUUACGUAUUGUCGCCAAGGAGAUGAAGUUCUUGACCGGCAAUAUACGAAAGCUUCUCGGAUCCGGACACCCAUCACUUGACCGAGUCGCGAAAUACUAUACUCAGGCCGAGGGCAAGCACGUCCGCCCCCUAAUCGUGCUUCUCAUGUCAAGAGCUACAUCUCUCUGUCCGAAAGCACCAAGGCAACAAUACAUCCAGUCCGCCGCUGGCAUCGACACGUCAAUAUCACCCAUUGGAAUUCUCGGCGAUGCGAACCCGUCCUCCUCGAUUCAAGCCCUGGACAACCAAUCCGACCUGUCCUCCCACUCAGACCCCGAUAUCCUACCGUCGCAAAGACGGUUAGCAGAGAUCACGGAGCUGAUACAUACCGCAUCGCUCCUGCAUGACGAUGUCAUUGACCACUCCGAGUCCAGGCGUGGGUCACCUUCUGCGAAUCUCGAGUUUGGCAACAAAAUGGCAGUCCUGGGAGGAGAUUUCCUGCUUGGGAGGGCAUCGGUUGCGCUGGCACGGCUACGUGAUGCCGAGGUCACAGAGCUUCUGGCCACCGUUAUUGCAAACCUCGUCGAGGGCGAGUUUAUGCAGUUGAAGAACACCUCGCGGGACGAGUCGAGGCCGGUCUGGAGCGAGGAUGCGCUGACGUACUACCUGCAAAAGACGUACCUCAAGACGGCGUCGCUGAUUAGCAAGAGCUGCCGCGCAUCAGCUCUGCUGGGUGGCGCAGAUGCGCAAACUGUCGACGCCGCAUACGCGUUUGGUAAAAACCUCGGCCUGGCUUUCCAGCUGGUCGACGACAUGCUGGAUUACACGGUGUCUGCGGUCGAUUUGGGCAAGCCGGCCGGCGCGGAUCUGGAACUUGGUCUGGCAACUGCCCCAUUGCUGUUUGCCUGGAAGAACCACCCGGAGCUCGGUGAGCUUGUUGGACGCAAAUUUUCCAAGGAGGGUGAUGUUGCAAGGGCACGUGAGAUUGUCCUCGCGAGUGACGGCAUUGAGCAAACCCGUGCCCUUGCACAGAGGUAUGCCGAGCAGGCCAUUGAGGCCAUCAGCCAUUUCCCUGAUUCCGAAGCCAAGGACGGCCUGAUUGAAAUGGCCGCCAAGACUUUGAAACGCAAGAAGUAAUGUGUCAGCAUUUACAACAUUGCACAUGGUUCUCUUCUUUUCUUGUUUUUAUAUGAUGUACCAUCAUAAAGCAUAUACUGUUGUGUUAGGAGUCGGUUCGGCGGGCAUAUACGUCACGGGCUGCUGUUGAGUUGAUUGGGGAUACGGUCGGCCCGUUCAAUUUGUACUACUACAUUCUGCAUUGGCAAAAUAGAGGUGGGAAAGACUAUCUAGAAGGAGAAACGCUCUACUUCAAACACCUGCCAUUAUUUCUUUGUAUUAUUUCUCGUCUCCUACUGAUUCCCGGCUUUCCAUCCACAUUAACCAGCAGCGUAUUAUGGUUUCCUGUCAUUGGGUGACUCGCACCACAUCGACAGUAAGGGGGACUAUCAGUGAUUGGGUUCAGUAUCAACACACUCUCUUGGCAUUUUUUUUUUUGUCUAGAGGUCAAAGGACUUGCGAAACUCACCAACUUGGUAACUCGACAACACAUCUUGACUCCAGAGCAGUUUUCAACGUCUCCAUCGCCUGGAGCACGCCCAACCAGCGGCCAUCAGCUCAGCCCACUUAAUUUGCUCAAGAAUGCAUGGAUAACUUACACUUCAAGCCGUUGACAACGUCAGGCGUCAUGUUGUAUCCGUAAAUCUUCGCAAGCCAUCGUACCAGCUCUUGGUCUCCUGAUUGCAAAGCCCGGCAGCACUGUUGCUCACCGCCGUUGACUUCGAGGCAUUCGGGUGACGGUUGUGUUUCUCGCCUGAGUUGCGGUGGAGGAAGGGGUAUAGAUUCGAGGUUGGUGGAGCUGGUUAAGGCAGAGAUUCCGGUCGAUGAGAUCGCCGACACCACGCCCGACUGGGGGCUUGCAGCGGGACCGAUGGCCGCGGUGAGAAACAAGAGCAGGUGAAGGUUAUGCAUAACGUGACUACCUUUACUCCCUUUUAUGGUGAUCAAAGGUCAAAGGUUCGGACUGGUUAAUGGCGGCCUUGGGACGCUGGUACCGGCCUGGCGCACGAUUCCUGGAGAUCGUGAUUUGGUUGCUUUCGAUGUGGGAUCACAAACAGCAGAGACGAAAUCACAACUGGAGGCUGGAAGGCAUAUCAUCUCGGCCAUCCUCCUGGCGACGGCUUUCAUUUAAAUACUGAGGACAUCGCAUUCGUUUGGACGCCGUUGCUAUGGCUAGCGAUGAGAAGUCGAAUCAAGAGAGAGCCUGCGUACUUCAAGUCAUUUUCUAUAACUUGACUGCAAUUCCGCUGUUGUCUUUGCUCUGCGGCUACAUAGAAAAUUCAGUUCAUCUCUCUACUGUUUCCGGUUUCGUCCAAGGCUCGGCGAAAUCUUGCAGAUUUCGCUCCCAAAAUCCCAUCCUUUAGCUGGUGGGCGACCCCGAGGAAUGAGGUUUGUCUAAAACUAUGCGCUGGUCC